CGCGGAAGUGCCGAGCACGAGAGAACACGGCACAGAGCGCGAUUUGUUUGAAUGGCUGGCACGACAAGCAUGGCCACAUCCACAGCUACGUUCACGUUCAUGUGUGUGUGUGGAUGAAAGAACAACAGCGGCAACAGCGACGUCAAAAUAGUAGUGAAGCAUAAAGACCAACAAAAUAAAGAAGAAAUAAGCCCAAAACUCAACCAUAACAACAGCAGCGCCAACGCCAGCAAACAAUCAACGUUGUUCUUGAAUGCGAGGUGGAGUUGCUGUUGUUGGCACCUCGUGUACCUGGAUCAGUUGAGCUGCCGUAUUCGCGUGUUCCGCCGCGCUGUAAAUCUCAGUUACAAAGUGCAUCAGUGUUAGUUAGCAAUUAAAUUGCUCACCUCGGAAACUGAUGACAUUGGCUAUGCCCCAAUUAAAACAAAGCAAAAUGUACAUUUAUCUAAAUCGCGAAGCGUGAUAAGAAAACAUAACUGUCUUUAAGAACAAAACCAACAUUGGUUAUAACAAAAAUCUCAUUUGACAAUAUAAAAGAGAAAAUUAAAUACAACUUGCGAAAAUGACAAUAACGUAUACAGGUGAAGUGGCCACUUGUCGUGGCUUUGGCUGUUUUCUCAAACUGCUUCUCAGGUGGCGCGGAAGUAUUUACAAAUUAGUCUGGCUGGAUCUGCUCGCUUUUCUUACACUAUAUUAUUUACUUAAUUUGGUCUACCGCUUUGCGCUCAAUGAAAGCCAGAAAGAAACGUUUGAGGCGAUCGUGGCCUAUUGUAACAGCUAUCGUGAUCUCAUCCCGCUGUCCUUUGUACUCGGCUUCUAUGUCUCCAUUGUAAUGACACGCUGGUGGAAUCAGUACACAUCUAUUCCUUGGCCGGAUCCCAUCGCUGUCUUCGUCAGCUCCAAUGUGCAUGGCCAGGAUGAGCGCGGUCGCGUUAUGCGUCGCACAAUCAUGCGUUAUGUGUGCCUGUGCCUCACGAUGGUUCUGGCGAAUAUAUCACCGCGCGUCAAGAAACGAUUUCCUGGCCUAAACAAUCUAGUGGAAGCGGGCUUGCUCAAUGAGAACGAGCGUACAAUCAUUGAGACAAUGAACAAAUCAUUUCCGCGACCCUCCAAGCACUGGCUCCCAAUUGUGUGGGCGGCCAGCAUCAUUACGCGGGCAAGAAAAGAGGGCCGCAUUAGGGACGAUUUCGCCGUGAAGACCAUCAUCGAUGAGCUAAACAAGUUUCGAGGACAGUGCGGACUGCUUAUUAGUUAUGAUACGAUCAGUGUGCCCCUAGUUUACACACAGGUGGUUACUUUGGCUGUUUAUUCCUAUUUCCUCACCUGCUGCAUGGGGCAGCAGUGGACGAAUGGAAAAGUCGUGGGCACCAGUAGCUAUCUGAACAAGGUGGAUUUGUAUUUUCCAGUGUUUACCACGCUGCAGUUCUUCUUCUACAUGGGCUGGCUCAAGGUGGCUGAGUCUCUGAUCAAUCCCUUUGGCGAGGACGAUGAUGAUUUUGAAGUUAAUUGGAUGGUGGAUCGCAAUCUGCAAGUCUCCUAUUUAAUUGUAGAUGAAAUGCAUCAUGAUCACCCAGAGUUACUUAAGGAUCAGUACUGGGACGAAGUGUUUCCCAAUGAGCUACCAUAUACCAUUGCUGCAGAACGGUUUCGCGAGAAUCACCCGGAGCCUUCCACUGCCAAGAUCGAUGUACCGAAGAAUGCGGCGAUGCCCUCAGGGAUGUCAUCUGUGCGCAUCGAUGAAAUGGUUGGUAAUAAUAGCAUCGGCGCUUCUGGGUCUAAGCCGCCUUCCGCUGAACAGCCACAAGGCGCACCUAUGCAGACAGUUACUUAUGACCUUUCCAAAGCUGCGCCAGAUGAGGAGGGCGACGACGCCAGCGGCAUACACUUCUCAGCAGGCAAUGGCAAAUCGCGUCUGGGGCUAGGCUCCUCGCCCAGUCUGGUUAGUGUAUCGGGCACUCUGUCCCGGGUAAAUACGGUGGCGUCGGCACUGAAACGUUUCCUUAGUCGCGACGACAGCCGUCCAAGCUCAGCCACGCCCACCGAAGAUCCGGGCAAAUAUCGCUUCCCGAGCAGCGCCAGCUCGGCAAGUUUAACGGGCACCAUCGGCGGCCCAGCUGCUGUGAAACCCGCAGGCAGCAUGCGCAUAACCCAACAGGUUAUUGAGGAGGUGGACGAGCAGGCCACCAUCACGUCGAUGCGCCCCAACGAUCCGCGUCCCAAUGUAAAAGAUAUAUUUGCGCCGGCCGUUGGUCAGCCGCAAACAGCACCGCUGCAGCCACCACCGCCUGCAACAGGAGCAGCUACACCAUCACGCUCCCAGCCAGUGGACAUACCCCGACGCUCGCCGCAGUACGAGCGCGCCCACUCGCAGUAUGAUCCGACACCAUCACUCUUUCCACCUGGUGGCGUGGAUGCUCUGCUAAGCACAUCAGCCCCAGCCGGAGACAGUCCCUUACUCAUGUCAGCAGCCACGGCGCCCAGCUCGCCGGUGGGCGACAGCAGCAAGUCGCUGUUCGAGCAGCAUAAGGCCGCCAGCCGUGAGACGGUCGAAAAUCUUGACAUCAAAACAUCCAACGAUGUACUGGCCAACACAGCUGCCGAGGCCGCUCCGGAUGUUGGCGAUGAUUUUGAGAAGCUGAAAGCUGCUCGGGAAAAGGAGAAGCUGGUGCGCCAGCAGAUGAACUUGGCCCGUACCAUUAGCACAGCCCCGGGUGUGGAUCCCUCCGGAGUUGUUCCGCUGGUGCCAGUUGUGCCCGUGGCCAUGCCAAUGAUGGCGCCCAUUGCGCCCCAGGCGAACACAACGACCGCGCUCCCGGCUGUUGCUUCCAGCGCCGAUUUACUCGCCGGCGGCGAACCAGUGACCAAUUCAACCACUAAAUCCGAGGACGCCACCCAAGGAAGUUGAGCUGGCUGGCGUUUAGUAUUCAGGCGUACAGUAUAAAGUAUGCCACUUGUGUUAACAACUUUUCAAAUUAGAAAUAAGUUAAUUAUUUAGCGUAUUAGUUAAUUUAUAUAAGCUACUGAACCUAAUGCCUUAACAUGCAGAAUGACAGAAACGGAUUAAGAAUGCUCAUAACGUUAAAACGAUCUUGAGUGAGAAUGUACCCAUUUAACGCAGUUUAAAUACCUAUUAUUUAAAAUGAAGUCAAAAGUGAUUUGAAUCUAAACAAUAAUAUAAGUUUUCUAAAUUGCCAGAAAAUUGUGUUUUAAUUAAAGUAAAACCUCUCUUGGGCGUGUGACUGUCCGCUCAAGAGAAGCGU